AUGACUGCCCCAACACCAUCACCUGUCACCUUCGAGCAUCACCAUAGUAGCCUAGGAAUAGGCUGCUCUAGGCCCAGACUUUCCUGGAAGUUUUUGUAUGGCGACAAGACUGCAAAAGGAUGGAUUCAAACAGGCUACGAGCUAGAGGUCAAGCCUUCCACAACGGGAAACCCAACAUCCUACCCUAUCAAAAGUGAUCAAUCAACCCUGGUUGCAUGGCCGGGCGAACAUCUAAAGAGUCGAACCUCGGCAACUGUAAGAGUUCGGUGCUUUGGGAAGUCGUCAGAGACUCCGUCUCAAGAACAAAGUACCCCGUGGUCGGAACCCUCUACAGUUGAAACCGGCCUUCUGGAAAGGAGUGAUUGGACCGCCAGUUUCAUUGCGUCCACCUUGAGUACGGAUUGCCACGGAACCCUCAGGCCUGUUCGAUUCUGGAAAAGUGUCGAUUUGGAAAACACACCCACACUCGCACGUGCAAGACUUUACAUCACCGCGUUGGGUGUGUUCAAUGUCUAUAUCAACGGGCAGCUCGCGAGCGACGAAUGCAUGGCACCCGGGUGGACUAGUUACAAGCAUCGCCUGAACUACCGAGUACUUGAUGUGUCUGCUCUUCUGGUGCCCAACGGGAGAAAUGUCGUUGGUGUCGAGGUCGCAGAGGGCUGGUAUGCUGGACGACUAGGCUUCAAAGGCGGUAAGAGAUUUUAUUACGGAGAGGACCUUGCGGUACUCGCACAGCUGGAAAUCGGCUUCAGCGACUCAUCUACUCAGACAGUGGUGUCUGAUGAAACUUGGAAUUGUUACAUGAGCGCUCUACAAUCCAGUGGGAUAUAUGAUGGGGAAGUUUACGACCAUCGCGAGGAGACUGAGUGGACGGAUACAGAGAUUGCAUUGAAAGCAAACACUAGCUGCAAGGUCAGGUCCAUAUCAUGGCCAUCAUCACAGCUUGUCUUACCUGACGCUCCACCUGUCCGAGUAAUCGAAAGCAGAGCGCCGGAGAACAUCUUCCACAGCAAAAGCGGCAAAGUCAUCAUUGAUUUUGGACAGAAUCUGGUCGGAAAAUUGCUGGUCAAGUCGUUACAGCUGCCAGCCGGUCAUGAAGUGAUAUUCAAGCAUGCCGAAGUAAUGGAGCAUGGUGAAUUGGGUACCAGACCCCUCCGAGGUGCCAAAGCCAGAGACAUCAUCAUUGGGUCUGGUGGAGUGAUGAAGGACUGGACACCGAAAUAUACUUUCCACGGAUUCCGCUACGUGCAAAUCGAAGGCUGGCCCGGAGUCCCGGACAAGAGCGAGAUCUCGGCGUUGGUGAUGCACAGUGAUAUGAAGCGACGAGGUUAUUUUCAUUGUUCCAACGCAUCGGUCAACCGACUCCACCAAAACGUUGUAUGGUCCAUGAAAGGCAAUUUUCUCUCAAUUCCUACAGAUUGUCCACAGAGAGACGAACGGCUGGGAUGGACUGGUGACAUACAGGUGUUCUCUUCCACCGCGUUGUUCUUGUAUGAUUCCGUGGGUCUCCUCGGCAAUUGGAUGGAGGAUGUCGCCGCCGAGCAGCUGGAAGAAGGGAAAGGUGGGAUCCCACCACUUGUUGUUCCAGACGUGUUACCCCCAAAUUGGCCGCAUAUGCCACAGGCGGUCUGGGACGAUGUGGUCGUCUUGACUCCGGAGACUCUGUUUGACUACAGCGCGGAUAAGGCUAUCCUCCAACGACAGUUUGCAAGCAUGCGAGCUUGGCUGGAUGAGGGCAUCGACCGUGCUGCCGAUGGACUGUGGAACAACGACAGGUGGCAAUUGGCCGACUGGUUGGAUCCAGCUGCGCCGUCAGAUGAUCCGGGAGCUGCUCGCACUGACAAUAUCAUGGUUGCAAAUGCAUACCUAAUCCGUGUGACUGAAGCAUUCUCACGCAUUUGUGGAUUAUUGGGUAAGGAUGAUCUUGCCAGGACGCACGCCGAAGAUGCCGCGCGACUCAAAGCAAGGUUCCAAUACAAAUACAUCACUGCAGAAGGAAAUCUGAUGUCAUGUUCCCAGACCGGUAUAUCACUUGCCAUCCAAGGUGGACUGUACAAAAAUCAAGGUCAACUUCAAGUUGCGGCUGCCAGUCUCGACAAGCUCGUCCGCUAUGGAAGAUUCCGUAUUGCCACCGGAUUCGCGGGUACACCGGUCAUUACGCAUGCCUUAACGGCGGCUGGAUAUCCUCAGCUUGCAUACCGAAUGCUCCUGGAGAAGAAGUGCCCAUCGUGGAUGUAUCCCGUGACGAUGGGUGCCACAACCAUUUGGGAGCGCUGGGACUCGAUGUUGCCGAACGGGGAUAUUAAUCCCGGGCAGAUGACAAGUUUCAACCAUUAUGCGCUCGGAGCUGUAGCGGACUGGUUGCAUACUACUGUCGGAGGCAUCAUGCCAUUGGACCCCGGCUGGAAGGUGAUUGGCGUCAGGCCUAUCCCGGGUGGAAACCUCACCAGUGCAGAUGUGAGCUUUGACGGUCCGUUCGGCCAAGUUGCCUGCUCCUGGCAAUGGAAGCCUGAGAAUGGGCGGUUCAAUAUGGUCCUGAGGGUCCCCCCAAACUCAACUGCAGUCGUUACCCUUCCUUCGGAAACAACGCCACGAGCUCUGUCGGUGGAAGAGGAAGGUCCGCGUUGUGUGGUGGGCUCCGGUGUGCAUGAGUUUUCUUGCGACUUUGAUGCUGGGCAAUGGCCACCCAACAUGUUGGUGGCGUCGAACCAGUCUGUGCCCCCUGAUGAGAUCGCCACUUAA